AUGAAGGAUACUGAAAAAGCCACUGGCCAACAUGUUGAGAUGGUACACGAUGAAAUAUCCGAGUCACCAAAACUUGAUGGUGAAGCGAUUAAGGCUAUGGGAACAGUCAAGUUGACCGAAGGCUCAAUUAUCUAUAUCCCAACUCCAACAGCAGACCCGCAAGAUCCUCUCAACAUGCCUCUUUGGCAGAAGAUAGUCGUGCUGAUCGUUAUAUCUACCUUCUCAACUAUUGGCAUGUCUCUUGUUUCCGGGUUUGGAGGGUUGUUGACCUUCUAUAUACCGGAAUAUGUGGCAGUAGGCAAGGAUUAUGCAGAUAUAACGGCACUGAUGACGUACCCAACUUUAUUCAUGGGAAUCGGAAAUCUUGUCGGAAUGCCUUUGGCCAUUGCCGUUGGCCGUCGAAGCGUCCUCCUCCUAUUUACUCUAGUCCUUAUACUUGGUGCUGUUCUCUGUGCUGUGGCCCAGACAUACGAGUGGCAUUUAGCAGCUCGCAUGGUGCUUGGGUUGAGCGCGGGACAAAGCGAAGCAUUGGUUCCGAUGAUCACACAGGUGUUAUUGACAACCAUCUGGGUUCUUUUUGCUAGCCCCAUUGCAGGCGCCAUUACUCCACAGGGCUGGUAUUACCUUGGAGCUGGAAUGGCUGCUCUUCAAUUUGUUGUGGCUCUACUUUGGCUACCAGAGACUAAAUAUGAUCGGAAUCUUUCUGCAUAUCAGCAAGAUGUCUCAAGUGAUGAUUCCACAGAUGCAGUCGAUCUUGAGGCCGAUAUCCCUGACAAGACCAAAGUCACGAUUUGCAAAGAAAGGCCGCCUCUUGAUUUUGUCAACUAUGCGCCACGAACCUGGAGAUCGGAUAUGCGUCUUUGGGUAGGCAAGCCGGAGUGGUACAAAGCUGUCGAGGUUCUCAGGCAAACCGUGGAGCUUCUUUUCUUCCCCAAUGUCCUUUGGGCGUUAUGUCUCAAUGGGCUCACUAUCGGCGUCAAUAUUGCUAUUGGAACGACAUACGGUUCAAUUCUUACCGGAGCUCCGUACCACUGGCCUGACUCAAGCACAAGCUACGUGAACUGUGGGCAAAUCGUUGUCGCCGUUGCCGCACUUCCACUUUUAGGAACCGGCUCUGAUAAGCUAAUUCGCUGGUUUGCUCGACGCAAUGGUGGCAUGCACGAGCCUGAGACACGACUCUGGCCUCUGAUAUUUCCGGUGAUUGUUGGAACAUUUACUUCUGUUCUUUAUGGACAGGGUGCAGCCUUUCCAGAAAGGUAUCAUUGGUUUGUAUAUGUGUAUGUUGUCGCGGCCUACUACUUUUGCUUCGUGGGAGCCAAUAUCGUGGCUAUCACAUAUCUACUGGAUAGUUAUCCAGCCCGCACAGGGCCAUUACUCGUGAUUAUCUGUGCUUUCCGUGGUUUUAUUUCUUUUGGUACGAGCUAUGGUACAUCGGCAUUUGUGGCAAGUCACGGGUAUGAUGGUGCCUUCGGUAUCUUCGGGGGGCUAACUGGCGCUCUCGGCCUUUUGGGUGUGCCGGUUUACAUCUGGGGCAAGCAGAUCCGGCAGUUCACGGGUCGAUUUGCAAAGAGCAAGACGGAUUAA